CGAGAACAAAAACUUGAAGAAGAUGACCGUGACCACCACGACGACCACCGUCCUCACAGGCAGCCUCGUGAUUAGGUCAAGAUUUAUCGGCAAAUGUGGAUAACGUGCCAUUUUGGGUUGGAUACAGACGCCAGUACAUUGGCUGUCGGGGAGGAAGAGGCGGAGUCACUGUUAAUGAACCAACCGGAGGAGCGCUUUACCACUAAAGUCACGCCCACUUGCCCGUUGCCGUAUCAUGGCCGUGUUUCAGGGCUGCUCUGUGGUUCUAGACCUGAGGAAAGUGCCCUACAAGGAGAAGAAGACGCUGAUGUCUGCUAUAGUAGACAAUGGAGGAAGCUUGUCAUAUGUAGUCAACCAGAAGUGCUCCUUUGUGGUGACCGGAAGCCUGGAGGACCUGAGCAGCAACAGGCAGAGAAGUGCUCUGAAGUACCAGAUUCCUGUAGUUGGGCAGCAGUUUGUGUGGAGCUGCCUGGAGAAAGGUGUCCUCCUGCCUGUGAGCGAGCACACCUUAUAUCAGCAGUCGCCUGCUCUUACUCACCAGCCUCUUUCAUACCCAGCAGGGCUGAAGUCCAGAGUUCAGCCACAACUUCAGAGCAGUGAUAUUCACAAAGAGAAUCCUGAGAUUCCUGCAGAGAAAGGCACGUACCUGGGCAAACUGAGUUUAUACAAGGGAAGUGAUGGUGAUAUACCAGAAUUUCCUUUAUAUUCCCAAGUGGCAAAGUACUCAAUUUUUUACAAGGCUGAAGUCAUGACCUGGUCUGUUGUGGAGCUUCAGAGUGCCAAGGCUGAAGCAGGACAGCAGUAUCGUGUAGUGAAAUCUGUCAUGAAUGAGGCAGAGAAAACUGUAGUACAGGAUCAGCAGGCACGCUGCUUCAGCUCUGAGGAAGCUGUGGACGCCUAUCUGAUGUGGAAGGAUGAACUCAUUGCAAGAGGCCACACAGAGACACGCACACUCCCGCCAGCGGCCCAGAAGAUAGCCUCCCAUGGCCUGCAACAGCUGUUGUUGGAGGAGAAGCUGAACUGCAGUACAGUCUCACAGGAAGUGGGCACCUUUGUCGAACUGAUCUGGACAGAAGCCCUCGGGUCACUCAGCAGCAUCCUGACCGUUCCUGUAACCAGCCUCAGUCUGAACGACGUGAGCAGGGUGGAGGGUUUGUUGCUGCAGGUACAGAAGUGUCAGGGUGAGGAUGAGGUAAAGGCUCUGCUGGAGGAGGUCAAUACUCUGUUACCUCUCAGAAUGAUGGAGCCUGACUCGAAACAAAAGCUUGUGUCUCAGAAACUAGACCUCUGUCAGCUGAUUCGAGAUAUUCUGAGUAUGAGUGAAGCAACUCUGGGACACCCCUUUCCAUCCUCUCUGGGGAAGUACCGAGCCCUGAGAUGCUGUAUUGAGCAGGUGCCAUCGCAAAGCCCAGAGUUUCAGUCAGUCUGCCAGCUCUUACAGGAUAGGCCAGUUCAGAUCCAGCAGAUACUGCAUGUGAGCAGAGAGACUGAAGUCCUCAUGUUUAGGGAGGAGCUAGGCAAUAUUAAGCCCCUCCUCCAUUCGUCCCGUCCCAGCAGCUUUGCAGGAAUCUUGUCUCGAGGACUGUUGCUGCCCAGAGUUGGAGUAGAGCAGCAUGGGAUUGAAAGAACAGAUGUUGGAAAUCUAGGAGGCGGCAUCUACUUCAGUGACUCUCUGAGCACUUCAGUCAAAUACUCUAAGCCCAGUGUGACGGAUGGCUCUCGGCUGCUGCUGGUGUGUGAUGUGGCUCUGGGUCACUGUAAGGACCUGCACAGGAGGGACACUUCUCUGACCUGCGCUCCUGAGGGCUACAACAGCACGCAUGGAGUUCGGCGUACCCAAUCAAAACACUCUGAUUUUGAGGAUGAUGAAUAUGUGGUGUACAACACAGAUCAGGUGAGGCUGAAAUAUGUAGUUCAGUAUUCUCUGAAGGAGGAUCAGCUGAAGACCUUUCAGCCUCACAUUGACAUGUCUGUAGAGCUCAUACACUCUCUCACAUCCUCUGACCUCUUAACUGACAGUGAAGAUGGUGGGGGUUUGGAGAUGACUAAAAACCCUCUGGAGGAUGUCACGGCUGGUUUGUUGGACAGCAGUGGUCAGACACUCCCCCUGCAGGCUGUGCAUGUGAGGUGUAAGCUGAUGGACCUACUGUCUCAGGUCAUCAUUUUCCAGACAUAUACAAACCACAGUGCUGUUCCUAUUGAGGCAAAGUAUGUCUUUCCAUUAGAAGAGACAGCUGCAGUGUGUGGGUUUGAAGCCUUCAUUAAUGGAAAGCAUGUAAUCGGAAAGGUUAAGGAGAAGGAGCAGGCACGUAAAGAAUACAGGCAGGCUAUAGAGAAAGGCCAUGGAGCCUACCUGAUGGACCAGGAUGCGCCUGAUGUGUUCACCAUCAGUGUGGGGAAUCUACCCCCUGGAGCCACAGUGCUGAUCAAAGUGACCUUCAUCACUGAGCUGGUUGUGAGAGCAGGCAGCAUCCUCUUCUCUCUGCCAGGCAGUGUGGCUCCAUGGCAGCAAAGUGCUGCUCUCAACCAGAAAACCCAGACGUCCGUUGAGAAGGUGUGUGUGAACAAGCUUGAACCAGCAGGAGAGUUUUCUCUGUGUACGUCCAUUGAGAUGCCUUAUGAGAUCCUUGACCUGGAGUGUUCUCAUCACAUCAAAAUAAAGAGGACAGACUGUAAGGCUGUAGUCAGCACGUUACCAGAUCAGACUUUAAGCACUGAUGGCUUCCGGCUCAGCUUUACUCUGUCUCAGAUCCAUAUGCCCAGGAUGUGGGUGGAGAAACAUCCAGAAAAAGAAAGUGAGGCCUGCAUGUUGGUAUUUUAUCCAGACUUUGAGUCCAGUGGGGUUUAUGCCUCUGGUGUGAAUGAUGUGAUCAUUCUGCUGGACACGUCUGAGUCCAUGCGAGGAGAGGCCGUGCUGAAUGCACGCAGAAUUGCUGUAAAGGUUCUUCAGUCACUGGACCGUUCACUGCGUGUCAACAUCAUCUCUUUUGGGACUGAUUACAAAGAGGUCUUCCCUUCACCAAAUGUGCUAGAGGACAGUGAAGUGUUUAAAUCAGCCAAGAACUUCAUCAUGUCCUGUCCUGCUGUUGGUGGUAGUACUGAGCUGUGGAGGCCUCUGCGCAGCCUGAAUCUGCUGCCUCCAUCUCAUGGUGUGAGGAACGUGCUGCUGAUCUCUGAUGGGCACAUACAGAACCAACCUCAGACCCUGCAGCUGGUGCAAGAUAACGUCCAUCACACUCGCCUCUUCACCUGCGGCCUCAGCCCAACAGCUAAUCGGCACAUGCUGAGAGCUUUGGCUGAGGCAGGUGGAGGAGCAUAUGAGUUUUUUGACACAAAGACAAAGCACACCUGGAUAGAGAAGGUGAAGUCUCAGGUGAAGUGCAUGGCAUCUCCAGGCUGUAGUUCAGUGGCAGUGAAGUGGCAGCAGUUCAACCCCACAGCACCCCCUCCUGUUCAAGCCCCCUCUCAACUGCACGCUCUCUUCAGUGACUGUCACACUCUGGUCUAUGGCUUUGUGCCGCACUGCACUCAGGCUACACUUUUUGGUGACCUGAGUGGACAGGAACUUAAGACAAUGGUUUCCACUACCGAAUUACAAAAGACUAAAGGAACAUUCCUUCAUAAACUAACAGCAAGAGCAAUCAUCAGAGACUAUGAGGAUGGCAGUCUUGGCUCUAGUGAAGCAGAACAUGAAGGAAAGAAAGCUGAGCUGAAGUCCUACAUCAUCGAGCUUAGUAAAGAGUUCUCCAUCCUGUCUCAGUUCACCAGUUUUGUUGCCAUUGAAGAAAGGGACCAGCAACAGCCUGAUUCUGGAAUCACUGAUGUCCCAAAGCUAGUUGCAGAGGAGGAUGUGGAUAUUCUGCCAUACAUGGGCUGGACUGAAGAGGAGCAGAUAUGUUUUGAGGAGUCUUUUAUUUAUGACUUCGUGGAGACAGAUUCAGCCGGAUGUGGCUUUUUUGAUGAUCUCGAAAGUUGUUUAUAUGACGAUUGCUCCUUGUCUUUGGCUGAUCACUGUCCUGUCCAGAAGCCAGCAACUGUGCCUUCUGAGUCAGCAUUUGUGGGUGAAGAGCUUCAGCAUGAAACUUUGUCAGCUGAUGUAAUGUUCUAUAGUGCGAAGAAGAAAUCAAAGAAGAAGAAGCUAUUCUCCAAAACAAAUGAAUACUAUGGAGCUGCUCAUCCCAGAAGAGCUUUAGCAUCUGGUCAAUCCAAUGCAAACUUCCUCAUGCCUAAAUCUCAUUCUGGUCUUUUUGGUUCUUCUAAUCGUCAUUCUGCCUCCAUAGAGAGUGACACUCCCAUUGGUCCAUUUACUGAUGCAAAGUUGUGUCCUAGCAAACUAUCCGUCGCAUCUUUUGAAGAUGGCCGUCCUCUGCCAAGGACACCACCUGAUGCUGUUGAUUUAACAUUAGAUGAGUCCUCCAUCUCCUCUCACUUUUACAUGCCAUUUGAAGGUGUUUCUCUCCAUGCUCUUUCACCUUCCACAUAUUCACCUCAUAGUCCUUCUUUCUGUGACAUUUCCCCUUCUUCCCUUUUCCCUCAACCGGUUCCUCCUCUUCGUCCUGGUGCUGCUCUUUUCUCCACUUCUAAUGCUGCUCCUUUGCUCCCUCCUCCACCUGCUCCCAAAUGCAUGCCUCCUCCUGGUUUGCCUGCUCAACAAAGUGCUUCUUCCUUUACUACUUAUUCUGCUUCACCUUUAUCUUUCUCUUUUCCUGCUUUCCAGAGCAGUCAUCCUCCUUCUCCUCCUUCUCCCCUUUCUGGUGCUUCUCUUUUCUCCACUUCUUAUGAUGCUCCUUUACUCCCUCCUCCACCUGCUCCCAAAUCCAUGCCUUCUCCUAGUUUGCCUGCUCAACCCAGUGCUUCUUCCUUUAUUACUUAUUCUGCUUCGCUUUCCCCUUUCUCUUUUGCUGCUUUCCAGAGCAGUCAUCCUCCUCCUUCCCCUCCUCCUCCUCCUCUUCUUGGUUCUUUUAUCUUAAAUGCUGGUGAUGCUGCCCCACCCCCUUCUCCUCCGUGCCUAGGACCAGUUGCACCUGACGGGCAUCAGUCCCCUCUUCCUCAGUUUGAUUUUGCUCCUCUCCGUUCCCAUGAUUCAGAAGAUUCUCUAAAACGUGGUCAGCGUCGUCGUGUGGCAUUAGCUCAAGUGUCCUCUGGUGUUGGUUUUGGAUGUAGUCCUCGCUCUUCUGGGUUUAUAUGUAGUUUUUCAUCAUCGACUUCACCAGUUUGUAAAUUAGAAAAGGCAUUUAAAAAACCUGGCCCAGUUUCUGUAGAGAGGCCUGAGGAUGACCUACUGAAGAUGGAUAGUAUCAGUGAACAAUACAGACGACCAGACAGAAUCAACUGGGAGGAGAUAUUUGACCUUCAGCAUCAGGAUGGCUACUGGGAAUGUACAGGAAGACUGAGUAGGUUCCUGGGUCUGGAUGUGGACUUCUUUGCCAAUGUCUUCCUGAAAGAGAGAGGCAUCUGCUCUUUGGGGGUGAAGGCUCAUGCUGAUAUCCUGAGGAUGGUGGCUACACUGCUGGUAUUGCAGCUGAUGCGUGUGAUGAAAAUGACAGAGGUUGAGCUGUUCCAGUCUCUCUUCCGCCUCACUGACUCUCCUGAGCCCAGGCCAGCAUGCUAUGAGGCAGUGAAGAGGGCAGUGGACUGGGUCUGCUGGGCAGACAGACAGUAUCCGUGUGUGUGCAGCAGACUGGAGUUUGGCUGGAACUGGGAGUCCUGCACACGCCAGCUGCUGGGUCUGGACUCACUGCCCCCCUGCUCCCCUCUGGCCUCUCUCCUGCAGAGGAGCACACAAAUGUCUGUCAUGUAGAUCAAAUACUGACACUUCAGCUGGAAUCCCAUAACUAUUCAUUUAGCUGAACAAAAGAGCAACAACAGUAAUCUUUAUAGUGGUAAUAUUAAAUGUUUAACCUUGAAUAUUCUGUCAUUAAAUAACCAUUUUUGAGCUGUUGUUCCCUUUGUACAACAAUAGAAAUUUUAAAACAAACCAAACAGGAUUUAGGAAGAAAAAUCCUAAGACUUACAUACAAGAGCUGAGACCACAGCUGGAGUAACAGUGUAACAACAUAAUCAAAAUGGCAUAUCAGAAGUAUCAUGGUUAAUCCAAAUAACAGUAGAAGGAGAGGGACAAGACAGAGGAGACGUUUUUAACAGGGACCUGAAACAUCAGGCUUACUGAUUUGUGUUCAAAUUUUAGCUGUAUAGCAAAAAUAAUUUAGAAUGAUGAAAAUGAAUGAGAAUCUCAAUUGAAAUUGUUUAGUAGUUUUGGUUUUUUUUUUGGUAACCACUUUGCCUCCAGUUACUGAAACUUCAUAAUAUUGAGUGAAAUAAAAUGUUUUACUGUUUUCUUUUGCUUGCCUAAAGCUGCAUGGAGCACAGAAUUUUCAAUUUGUUUUGUUUCUAUUUUAAUGUAUCUCUUUAGUCCUCAUUAUUCUCAACAUUUAACCUUUUAAGACACAUUUGACAGACUUAGUGGUGAGAAGUAUAAUUUAGUGAGAGUUUUGUUGGUGUGGGAAGUUAUCUUGGGGGGGGAAACCAUUGAUUUUUGGCAUAAUCAGCCACAUACCGACAUAUUCAUUGUCCUCAUCAGUUCUAUUUUUGUAUGUUUCAUGUUUUUCUAAUAUGCGAAAAAUGAAUAGAAAAUGUGCAGUAAAAUUAGCAAAACACAAA